AAUAAUGGAAUUCUUUUAUAAAUAACGUACUUUGGUAAGACUGUAUGAAUCGCGUGUUCGAAAAACAUUCUUUAAUAUAAUUGACACUGUAUACACCUAUAUAAACGUAUAUAAACACAGGCCUUUUCGGUCGGCGGACAAGGGUCAGGAUAAGUGGUGUACGCACGAACUACGCACGUUACACUACAUUCCAAGAUAACCCAGUCGGAUAUCGUUUAUAGGUUAACGUGACCUAGGUUCAGUUUUAUAUCGUUACUGAACCACCUUUGAUAGCAGUGAAACCUGACGUGACGGUUACACGCGAGGGAAGUCGGUAGAUAACGAGUUUGAAUUUCAGUGAUUACCGCCAGCUGCAAAAGGAAGUACCAUUGACCUAAAUAUUCUGUGGCAACGUGAGCGCAGCGAAUUCCCAUGAAAUUAUUCAUACGAAUAUCCAAGCCAUUCAGGAGUCAAGACCAUUAAGUCGGGGCAAGGAUGAAGAACGAGGAGAAGCUCGUAGUUUUCGGGGGUCCGAAACUGUAUCGGGAAUGGGGCUAUCGCUUUACCAAUCAGGCCAGGUACGCCAGCGCCAUAAGUGCCUUUAAGAAGUCCGUAGAAGAGGCGGAAACCGAGGACAUCAGAACCCUCAUAGGAUGGAGUAGAGCCUUGAGUAAAUUCACGAGGUACCCCGAUGCAGCGCAGAUGGCGGACAAGUGCAUGGAAAUAGACCCACAGAAUUACCGCGUCAAAUGGCGACGCGUCGAGACUCUAUUUCAAAUAGCAGAAUUCGACUACAGUCUGGUCCACGCGCACCAGGGUAUGACCCACAAGAGAUAUCCCUUCGAAUGGGGUGUCUUCCAGGGUAAUGAGACCGCGGAAGAUUGCGUGGGCAGAAACACCUCAGCCAGGCUCCUCAUGGAGCUGUAUCCAUGGAUCAAGAAUGUCCAGGAGCAGCGAAAGAUCCUGAUAGCGAAGCUGGACGAGGAGGAGGAUGAAUUUGAAGGAAUCGACGACGAGCAUUCCAGGUUCAAAGUGAACGAUCCGAACACCAAGCUGGAAUUGUUUUUGAGGAAGCUACACAGAGUCAUGGCUAAAACGUACCUGGGCCAUGGCGCAAAGGACAGAUACUUCCUGGAGAACGUUCUUGAGAAUCCGAACGUGUGGUCAGCGAACACAAAGGGUAGCCAGGACCUGUAUAACUUGGCGGACAGCUCGUAUACGAGAACUUGUUACCGACAGGAAGUGCUGCGUAUACGCAAACCCUUUUACGUCUUCCGUUUCUUACGUAACGCCAGGUCACCUGGCCAUAAAGAGCAAAUGGCGCACGAAAGGCAGCUCAGGCGAUACAAUAUCGUGAUAGAGGCUGAUUUUAUUUUAAUGGAGGCUCACAGAGCGAGAAUGUCCCAAGAUUACCCACUGUUCUUCAACUAUGUGAGCCGUGCGAAAGACGUCUUCGAGUCCUAUUCAGACAACAUGUUCCCCCUGAAACAAAGGUGUUUAAACGCCAUUUACAAGAUGGCCAGUUGGGCUUACCUAGACACGAGGAAUUUAACGUGCUUCAAGGACGAGAGUAUCAAGCUGCUUUAUCUUAAGCAUCAUCUGGGUAUACGAGUGGCUAAAUUGCCACGAGAUUGUGAGCUGGGCUGGGUGCCAACGUUGAACAGGAAAACCGCCCUUAAGACAUUUCGUAAAAGAUUAGCACUCGCUUCGGAGCCAUUAGAACUUUCUUGGUUGUUUCACGAGUUGGCUAAGCUUCUCACAGAAACACGACGCUACGACCUGGCCCGUUUCUAUGCUAAGAAGGCUCGUGACGUCAGCAACGAGGCUGAAAUUCAUCAAUGGACCGUAAACGCUAAUCACGUUCUGAUAAGAAUCGAAUUAGAUCAAAACAAUCGCAAUGAAGCUCGCGAGGCUGCGCAGCUGGCUCUGCUAAAUUCUAAGAGACUGGGGAUCGAUUAUCUAGUUGAUUUUUAUAAAAGAUCAAUAAAGCUGGUGGACGACUUGGAUUUUGAAAAAAUAACUGGUCUGGAUAGUAUAGAGACCAGAGAGCAACUGAUCCUAGAUCUGAUGCCUUCGGAAUUAUAUACCAACGUAGACUUCCUCCUGAGAAGCAUGAACGUGGUGCCUGCACGUAGAAGACUGACGGUGAUGCCGGGAUGCAAGCCCAUUAAUCACAAGUACAAGUUAUCCUGCAAGCGGAACACUAUCCUUCCCGACCCACCCAAGAAUCCCGAGAAGGAAGCCAGAGCAGCAGUGCUGAAGCAAUACGCGCCUUCGAAAAAGAUUCUUGGCUGGGUAAACUUUGAAGAGUACGAAUAAUCGGUUUACUGUGAUGAUUGGUUAAACGGUAUCCUAUAG